AUGGACGCCUUCAACUACCCCAACCGCCUAUUACAUCAACCUUACCCAGAAUCCUUCGGCUCGCCGGUACUACUCUGCUCAAGCCCUGACAACCAAAUCAUCGACCACUGCUAUCCGGAAGACUUCCAACCCAUGUUCAACACCUGUCAAUCACCUCUGUUCCGUUCUCUGCAACCUAUCGUUCCCACCCAGCCUGAACCCUACUCGGGGCAAUGCACACCUACAUCCUACUCAGGCCAAUGCACCCCAACAUGGCCAGAGUCAUAUCCCUACCAGCCGGUCUUCAUGGACUACAACAACUUCAAUGUUGUUCGCUCCAGCCCUUCUCUUCUUCCUUCUAUCGAACACACAACCUUGAGCCGACCAGCCUCAAGAGCACCUUCAUUCAGAUCAGACACGAGUUCUUCAUGGAUGAGCUGCCCAAGAAGCAACCCUUCCCGCUCCUCAUCACCCAACGCUGGAGAGAUGUCCAAGUAUGGAGCUCCCAGUGAGGAUGGCACAUGGAGAUGUGCUUACCCUGGGUGCACAUCCAAGUCUGUCUUCCGCCGAGGAUGCGAUCUGCGCAAGCAUUACCGCAGACACACAAAGACCCUCUUCUGUCGCCAUAUCGGUUGCCGCGCCGCAAGCGAAGGAGGGUUUUCUAGCGAAAAGGACCGCGCACGCCAUGAGGCUAAGCACGAUCCUAAAAUCGUCUGCGAGUGGGACGGCUGCAGUAGAGUGUUCAGCAGAGUGGACAACAUGGUGAGUUCCUAUGAUAACACGUUUCUCAAUGUAAAAGCAACUAACAAUCCGUGCAGANGAGAUCAUGUCCGCCGCAUCCACCGCCGCAAGCUCGUCAAAUGA